AUGGCAGAUGUCUUACAACCAGUUGGCGCCCUGCCAGAAGAUAUCAAGACGGAAUUGGAGCUCGAGACGAAGAAGGAAUUAAACGGCAUCGUCCCCGGCGCCGUCCCUAUCCUUGACAAGUACAGCCGAGAAAGUGCUAAACGGUUCCGAAAGGAUGGGUUGAACCAGUUUAUCCCGUACUCAACAUCACAGUACCAAACGUACUUUAGAGACAUCUGGAUAGAUGAAGAUGCCAUGGACCCAGGAGCCAACUCACUUACAGACGGAUCACGUUGUGAGAUUUUGGUCGUGGGUGCCGGCUACGGCGGGUUGCUGGCGGCUGCGAGACUGAUCCAAGCCGGCAUUAAUGUGAACGAUAUCCGUCUAAUUGAUGCUGCCGGCGGUUAUGGUGGGACGUGGUAUUACAACCGCUACCCUGGGCUGAUGUGUGACGUGGAAAGUUACAUCUAUAUCCCCCUUCUGGAAGAGCUGGGGUACAUGCCCAAGCACAAAUACUCUUACGGGCCCGAAUUGAGACAGCAUGCGGAAAACAUCGCCGACCACUUCAAUCUCAGGGACAAAACCCUCUUCCAGGUCAAAGCCGUUGACAUCACCUGGGACAGCUCGAACAAUGACUGGGUCACUAGACUGGAGUCCACACGCCGAGGACAUGAAGGUAACAAGAUCUCCGUGUCAUCUCGGUUCGUGAUCCUCGCUGGUGGAACGUUGAACUGGCCGAAAAUCCCCAAACUUCGCGGACUGGGCAGCUUCAAGGGACACAGCUUCCACACGUCCCGCUGGGACUGGGCCUACACGGGAGGCUGCGAAGAGCAACCAGCGAUGGCCAACUUGGCCGACAAGGCUGUUGGGAUCAUCGGCACCGGCGCCACUGCCAUCCAACUGGUCCCCGAACUCGCAAAGUGGGCGAAACACCUCUAUGUGUUUCAACGGACGCCCUCGGCGGUGGAUGUCAGAGGUCAACGCGAGACCGAUGCGGACUGGUGGACGCGCGAGAUUCACGGCAGGCCUGGGUGGCAGAAGCAGCGACGGACGAACUUCAGCACCUUCACCGCCAACACUAUCCCCCGGCCGAAGAUCGACAUGGUCGACGACGAGUGGACGAAGUUCCCGUCCUACAGUGGGUUGGUAGGGGGUCCAAAUGCGCCUCUGUCGCCCGACGACGCCCCGUCGUACCUGGCCACGCUUAACGAGCUCGAUCUAGCCAGGCAGGAGAAGAUCCGCGCCCGGGUCGACGACAUCGUCGAGGACAGGGCGACCGCGGAGAAAUUGAAAGCUUGGUACCCCGGCUGGUGCAAGCGGCCGUGUUUCCACGACGAGUAUCUGCAGAGUUUUAAUGCUCCCAACGUAACACUCGUCCAUACCGACGGCCGAGGGGUGGACGGCCUCACGGAGAACAGCAUCGUGUUUGACGGACGCGAAUAUCCCGUGGACAUCCUCGUCUUCAGUACGGGUUAUGAAGUUCCCCUGGGUAACAGCCCCGGAGCACGUUUGCAUCUGCAAGUGAUCGGCCCGGGCGGCCAAUUACUCGACGAUAAAUGGGACAAGGGCAUCGCAACUCUGCACGGAGUCCAAUCCAACGGCUUCCCCAACCUGUUCUGGCUGGGCCUCACGCAGACCGGGGCCACCCCGAACCAGACCGCCAUGGUCGACGAGUUGGCGCAGCAUAUUGCCUUCAUCAUUACCGAGGUCGCCAAAGGCGUGGAAAAGGAAGACGGGAACGGCCCGAGGCCUGGCAACCGGUUCGCCUUCACCAUCGAGCCCACCGUCGAAGCAGAGGAUGCCUGGACCGCACAGAUUGUCGCCGGAGCGCCGGCUUUCAUAGCCAUGUCCAAAUGCCCCCCCAGCUACUUCAACGCCGAGGGCGACCUCUACAAGCUGGCGGCUUCUGGGCCGGAAGCCCUGGAGAAAUUGGCACGAGGAAGCAUGUGGGCGAAAGGAUACGAGGAUUGGUUGCGGGUCAUCGGAGACUGGAGGGCUGGUGACAUCCGAAAGGAUCUGAGGGUAGAGCUGCUCUAA